ACUAUCCCUGAGGGAUAUGAUAAAAGUAAGCAUUACAGCAACCGUGAGUUCAUCAAAAUCAUUUCAGACUACGUGAUGUAUCUCCUCAUCAUGCAACCUGGUCUGAUGUCCGAGGUUGCUGGAAUUGGGAAGAUUAGAUUCAGAGACACAAUGGCUGAAGCUGACAAGUUCUUCCACAUGAGGCAUAUUGAGAACGUUAGAGAUGUGAAGAUAGCUAGCAAGACGAUCCUCGACGUCAGUAGUGAUAUUGAUCCAAUGGGUGUUAAGGGAGAUCGAAGCAAGUCUGUGUUGUUUGAUGCUAGCAGGUUAGCUAAGGACCUUAGGCAGCUGGAAGAGAGGUAUGGGAAAGACAAAUGGGAGAUACUGAGCAAAGUGUGGGUGGAA